AAGAAAAGAAAGGAGUCUCAUCACUGAUGACGUAGUUCGUCAAAAACGGCACGCAGUUGGUAACACCGUGGCGAGAAUAUCAACGUUACCUUCUUCUGUUCCGCGCUAAGACCAGCGAGAAAACGACACGUGGCAAUCGUGUUCCUCGAUGGUCUCUUUUUUUGUCUACACAAAAGUGAAAGGUUCCCACUCUAAGACCGUUGCAUCGCGAUCCGAAGCUGAACCCAUCUCGUCUUCUUCUUCUUCUUCUUCCAUGGAAUAACGUGUGUGUAUCACAUGGCUGGUUUUGUGUGACCAAACACCAACCAAAAGCUUCCAUACGUCUGUCCUUUUUACGCUUGCCUUAUACACAUAAAUGGGGAAGUCUACUACUGUUAACAAUCCUGGUUCAGACACGGAGAGGAACAAGAGAAAUGUUGUCUCAAGUGUGUUUGAUCCAGCAUUCUCUAGAUUCGUUGGACUCUCUCAGAAGAUUCAAACCCGUAUUAAGUCUCAACUGAAGAAUUUGACCGCUGAUAAGCGUGGUAUUGGUUCUUCAUGGAAGCAAGAUAAUGAAAUCUCAUCUAACUCCAUACAAAUGGACCUGGAGAAACAGUUAGAUAGUUGGAGAGGAAAUACUUCAUGGACUGAUCAACCCCCAGACAUUAAGGUGAGUAUUCCGAAAGGGUCGCUUUGCAAUCUCAAAGCCGAGGUGAACGUUGGUUUACCCCCUGACGCAGUCUAUAACAUUGUGAUUGACCCUGACAACAGAAGGGUCUUCAAGAAUAUCAAGGAGGUUCUGUCGCGGAAAGUAGUGGUAGAUGAAGGAUUAAGGCAAGUGGUGGAAGUAGAACAAGCAGCUUUGUGGAGGUUUCUCUGGUGGUCAGGAACAAUCUCAGUUCAUGUCUUGGUGGAUCAAAACCGAGCAGAUCACUCUAUGAAAUUCAAGCAAGUGAAGAGCGGUUUCAUGAAGAGAUUCGAAGGAAGCUGGCAAGUUAAGCCUCUGUUUGUGGACGAGCAUAUGUGCGAUCGUCUGAAACCGAAAACACUGGAGGAGUAUGACCAGUGCACUGGAGGUAAAGGGAGGGUGGGAUCAAAGGUGACGCUUGACCAGCUAAUACAGCCUGCGAUUGUUCCACCACCACCCAUUUCUUGGUAUCUGAGAGGCAUCACAGCCAAGACAACAGAAAUGCUCAUCCAUGACUUGUUGGCUGAGACUGCUAAUAUCCGCAAACGUUUGGCAACCGGUGAAACGGAUGAUCGUCAGUCGCUGGAUGAGGAAAGGAUAUUGAAACCUGGAGAUAUAAAGGAGAGGUGGGCUGCACAUAGAAGAACAUCAAGGAGACGUCGAAACGAUAUUUGCUGAUUCAAGGAAACUGUAAGCACUCCAUGAUUUUGGGUGGUCAUAGAAAUGUUUAUGACUUUUGGGAUCAGAUACGUAAAUGCUUGUUGUCCUAAGAUACAAUUCACCACUCUGGAGAUUGUUGAAAAAGUUUUACAGCCAUGACCACAAAUGACAAGAAAUAUAUUCAAUACG